AUGGCAGAUAAACCCACAGAUCAGGACCAAUGUCAACAAGUUUCGGCUGGCGACAAGCACAAAACCGAGGUGGAAAAUCCAGAUGCAAAGCGAACCAAGAUCAAAACAGAAACGUCUCUCGAUGAAACCAACGAAAAUGGCAAGGAGGAAAAACAAAGCGCUCAUCAAGACGUGAAGCAAGAGAUGGAAGAUUCCAAGGCUGAUGUUAAAUCUGAAGAUGACGCAAAGUCUACGCCCAAAUCAGACACAGAUGUUCCCUCGAGUAUUCUCGAAAAGGGCAUCAUCUAUUUCUUUAUGCGAGGACGCGUGGAUGUCGAGAGACCAGAGGAAGUGGGAGAUAUUGCGAGAACGUUUAUUAUUCUGAGGCCAAUUCCACACGACGCAAAGCUGAGCGAAGGGCCACUUUCGGAUGCUGGAACCUCGCGAAUCCUCAUUCUACCAAAGAAAGUGCUCCCAACCAGUGGCAGAGAUCGUUUCAUGGCGUUUGUAGAGAAGUCUGGGGCAUCGUAUGAUGAAAUCAAGGGCCAGUUUCUCGCUGGUGAGGCGUACGAGACCAAGACAAAAGGCACCAGGCACACUCCAGCAGCCACACCAAUAGGCGAAGGUGUUUACGCUAUAACGACUACUGGGCGAGCGAGCCAUCUUGCGUACAUGAUUACCAUUCCGGAGAAGCUCGGUGAGGUACAGAAAGACCUUGGAGUGAAGGAACAAGGAAGUUUCAUCAUCAGCACCAAGAACCCAAGGUAUCCAGCACCGGCUUCUGCCCGUCUGCCCAAAGGACCAGAAUAUCCCAAAGAGAUCCUUGAGGAAUUCCGAGACUUGAGGUGGAUUCCAUCUCGGCCGAAUCACCUUGACCACGACAAUGCUCAAGUUCUACUUAUUGGAGAGUCAUCUGGGAUCAAGAAAGCCCUAGAGGUUCAAGACGACGACGAGAAGGCACCAAAACAAGAGCCCCUUGAGGAGAUGGAGGAACUGGAAGAGAAAGACCUGAAGCGAAUGCAUCAGCUGUCGGGAGAUCACUCUGCGGCAAUCUACGCGGACUUGAAGGUUCAUGCAGAAGACUACCCCAAGUUGCAGACUACCUUUUAG